AACCCACUGGCCUAUUGCGCGACUCACGCACACACGCACACACACUACACACACGCACACACUCUCUCAUAGUCACAAGUGCACUCACUCACUCCCCUUCUCUCACUCACUCACUCUCCCUCUCUGUCACUCAAUCCAAGUUCAUUUGCACACACGCACAUAUACACACAUUUACACAAGUUCACUUUCACAAGUUUGUCAUCGUCAUUCACACUCGCGCCGCGACGGAACAAGGACACUGCAGCCAUGAUGAGGUUUUUGCAACAUCGGGUGCUGAUCAUCGGCGACCAGGAAGCGGACAGGGCUCAGGUCCAACAACUGUUGCGAGGCAACAACAUGCGCCGGUUUGGCGGACAGCAAGUCUUGCCGGACCCAAACCAAAUGGAAUACGUUCAAGUGGCGAGCGUGCAGGCGGCCAUUGACGAUCCAAACACGGGUGACCUUGAAUCAUACUGUGCUGAUGUUCAGCAGCAGCUGGGCCCAGCCAUCACCCAGGGCGUGCACGCCGUUGUGCUGGUGAUGCGCCGCGGCGCGCUGCUUGCGGGCGACAAGUCCAACUACACGCUCUUCGUGGAGAGGCUGUGCCAGAGUCAGGUGCCGUGUGUUGCCGUCAUCUUGGGCUGCGAACGUGAGGGCGCAGACGCCAUUGGGCAAGCAGACCACGUGCAAGCGGCUCUGCGCAACCAGGGCGUAAACGUGGGGGCUGUGGUGCAAGCGGCGGCUGUUGAGGGCGGACGCUUUGAGGGGGCGGCUCAGCCCCUGCGACAGCAAACACGUGAGGCAGUGAUUGAGGCCAUUCGCACACAUGCGCGCGCGCACAACCAGCCGUUUGUUGUUGAGGCGAACAACAUAGCGCCCGCUGUGCGCGCAAUUGCAACAGAGCAGAAGAGAGCGUCCAGCGUGCUUGGGCUUGUGGCCAAUAGCUUGCAGCUCCUGCAGGCGCACCCCAUGCGGCUUAUUUCAGCGCUCGCUGUCAUUCUCGCUGUUGUGCUUGCGUACAUUCGCAGCAUGGUCUUCCAGCCUUGAGGUCUGGCAGCGUUGAGCUGUAU